AUGGAGAUAAAGAAAUGUUAUCUACCUCCUGUGACUGUUACAAGGAUUAUCUGCAUCACCAGAAGUAAAGCACGUUGGCGAGUAUCUGCACCAGUGGGCUCUCCGUGUUUCCGCUUGGUGGCCGCUGAGUUGAUUCAGACGCAUGAUGACGCCUUGUUCCAGUCUCUUUGUUAUAUUGCACUCUCUCUCAAAAGGCCAGCCGUCUUGGGCAGAAGGACACGCUCUCUCAGCCCAUGGAUGAUCGCCCUCAUCGUUGCAGCAGUUGUGUUGGUGCUGGCAAUCAUCAUCGGUCUCCUUGUUUAUUUCUUGGCGUAUAAUCAGAAGUUUUACUAUUACCAGGCUUCCUUCCAAAUCCCCAGUAUUGCAUACAAUCCUGAUUUUUCAGUAGAACACUCAAAAAGUGAGAUUGACCUGAAACAAAAAAUUACUAGUGAGACCGAAAAUGUUAGAAUUCUUCAGGUUUUUCAUCACCAACUUUUGCGCUAUGAACUCAUCGACACUCAUAUUUUGUUUUUCAGGUCAAGUAAUGAUGGUUUGAAAACAGAUGUAUUGCUUAAAUUUCAGUUUCCUUCUAAUAAUCCAGGCACAAUAAAAGAGCAAGUUGCUUAUAUUUUGGAUCAGAAGACGAAAUCAGAUGAAAGCUUUUUAAAGAUAGAUACUUCGUUGCCAUAUUUGAGAGAGAUGAAUGAACUCCAAGCAGAGCAUGUUCUGAACAGCGGCUGCGGUGUAGGGAGGGAGUCCCCAUCCUCCUCCAUGGAGAGGAUUUACCCUGGGUAUGAGGCAGACAAAGCCGCUUGGCCAUGGCAGGCCAGCCUGCAAAUAGGUGGGAUUCAUUUCUGUGGAGCAACUUUGAUCAGCAAGGAGUGGCUCCUAUCUGCCGCUCAUUGCUUUGACACUUACAAAAACCCCAAACUGUGGAUGGUUAGUUUUGGAACAACCCUAAGUCCUUCCCUGAUGAGAAGAAAUGUACAGUCGAUUAUCAUUCAUGAAAACUAUGCUGCCCAUAAGCAUGAAGACGACAUCGCGGUGGUGAGGCUUGCAUCUCCGGUCAUAUUUUCUGAUGAUGUGCACAGAGUCUGUCUCCCAGAUGCUGACUUUCCCAUCUUGCCUAAGACUACAGCCUUUGUGACUGGAUGGGGAGCCUUGACGAAAGAUGGUCACUUUCCAAAUACUUUGAGAGAAGCUCAAGUAGAGAUUCUAAGCAAUGAUGUAUGUAAUAGUGUUUCUGUUUAUGGCGGUGCCGUAUCAUCAGGAAUGAUAUGUGCUGGAUACUUGGCUGGAGGACAAGAUGCCUGUGAGGGUGACUCUGGAGGACCUCUUGUCACCGCACGUGAUCGAAACAUCUGGUAUCUUAUUGGAAUAGUGAGCUGGGGAAUAGACUGCGGAAAACCGAACAAGCCUGGACUUUAUACUAAAGUGACUCGCUACCGGGACUGGAUUAAAUAUAAAACAAGCAUCUAA